AUGAUUAUUGGAGCACGUAUGUUUUGGGACCUACUGUGCAUCAGACGCCACUCUUUAAGACCUAAUUAUCCGUCAGUACAGAAGACAAAACUCGGUUGGAUUGUUAUUGGAAAUAUGAAUCGCGCACAUCUUACAGCACAAACACAGACCACGUGCUAUGUAACAAACCAACAGUUACACAGUCAAGUAGCUGAUUUCUGGGAAAUCGAACCUUUUAUCGAUGAAGCACGUCUCAUCAAUAAAAACAAUUACUACGAGAAACAUUUCGUGUCAACUGUGAUUCAGGACAACAACGGACGACACGUGGUCGGAAUUCCGUUUAGAAAAGAAAUCAAAGGAUUAGGACAUUCAAGGCAACAAGCGGAACGCCGACUACUCGCAUUGGAACGAAGGCUGAGAAAACAACCACAUAUUCAAGAAGAAUGUAUUGAAUUUAUGUGGUAA